GGAAGGGCCAGUCUGUCCUGCUUUGCUCGCCCCGCGCUUCGCUCGUCCUGUACUUCCCUUCAGGAGCGAAAAGGGAGAGCGUGGGUCCGCGCGCCGGCGGAGGCGAGGGGAAGGCGAAAGGAAAAGCGAGAACGAAGCGAGCGGCGGCGAGAAGCGCCUCUCCGCUUCCUUCCUUCCUUCGCCCGCUCGCCCCGAGAAUCCGAACUGCCAACAGUUGCAUGAAUGAAUGAAUGAAUGAAUGAAAGAGACACGCCACCUAACAAGGAGCAACCGGACAGGCUGGAGUCCUCGGCGCCUCGCUCAAGUCUUGGCAACUUGUCUCUCCAUUGACUUCCGACGCUGUCUGCCUUCAAUUCUCCCGAAAACGCCACUCACGCGGCUGAAGCCAUGCCCUGCGUCCAGGCUCAGUACGGGUCCUCGCCACAAGGAGCCAGCCCGGCCACGCAGAGCUACUCGUACCACCACUCGGCGGCUGCCGGGGAAUACAGCUCGGACUUCUUAACUCCCGAGUUUGUCAAGUUUAGCAUGGACCUGACCAACACUGAAAUCACUGCCACCACUUCUCUCCCCAGCUUCAGUACCUUUAUGGACAACUACGGCGCCGCUGCCGCCGCCGCCGCGGGUUACGACGUCAAGCCGCCCUGCCUCUACCAAAUGCCGUCGCAGCCCCCGCCGCCCCCGCCACCGGCGCCCUCCAUCAAGGUCGAGGAGCUGCCCCUGCACGGCCACGGCUACCCGCCGCCGCCGCCGCCGCCGCCCCCCGCCGCCGCCGGCGGGCCCCAGGCGCCUGAUGAGCUGGCCGUCUACUACAAACCCUGCGCCUCGCCGCCCACCCCGGCCGCUGGUUUCGCGCCGGGUCAGAGCGUUUGGGACGAGGCCGGGCCGCUGCACGGCUUCCAUCACCACCACCACCACCACCACCAGGCUUACGGUGGGACGGCAGGAGGAGCGGCUGGCGGCGGAGGCGGCGGCGUGCAUAAGGCAGCCCCGACGGCGGUGCCGCGUCUCUCGCUUUUCUCCUUCAAGCAAUCGCCGCCCGGCAUGCCGGUGGGCAGCUGCCAGAUGCGCUUUGACGGGCCCCUGCAUGCCCUACCGCUCAACGGGGAGCCCUCGGCCCACGGGCCUGGCGCCCACCACCACCACCACCAUCACCACCACCACCACGACGGGCAGCCUUUCGCUCUGCCCAACCCGAUCCGCAAGCAGGCCAGUGCCGCCGCCGCCGUCGGGUUCCCCGGACUGCAGAUCGGGCACGCCUCCCAGCUCCUGGAUGCCCAGGUGCCUUCGCCGCCUUCGCGGGGCUCGCCCUCCAACGAGGGGCUGUGCGCCGUCUGCGGAGACAACGCCGCCUGCCAGCACUACGGCGUGCGCACCUGCGAGGGCUGCAAAGGCUUCUUUAAGCGCACCGUCCAGAAAAACGCCAAAUACGUUUGUUUAGCGAACAAGAACUGCCCCGUGGACAAACGCCGUCGGAACCGGUGCCAGUACUGUCGUUUUCAGAAGUGCCUUGCGGUCGGCAUGGUCAAAGAAGUGGUUCGCACAGACAGCUUAAAAGGCCGAAGGGGUCGUUUGCCCUCCAAACCGAAGAGCCCCCAGGAACCUCCUCCCCCUUCGCCCCCGGUGAGUCUGAUCAGUGCCCUGGUGAGAGCUCAUGUCGACUCCAACCCGGCUAUGACCAGCCUGGACUAUUCCAGGUUCCAAGCAAACCCAGAUUAUCAGAUGACCGGCGAUGACACGCAGCACAUCCAGCAGUUUUAUGACCUCUUAACUGGUUCCAUGGAUAUUAUCCGGGGCUGGGCAGAAAAAAUCCCCAGCUUCACUGACCUUCCCAAACAAGACCAAGAUCUGCUGUUUGAAUCUGCCUUCCUGGAGCUUUUCGUCCUGCGGCUAGCCUACAGGUCAAACCCCGUGGAAGGGAAGCUCAUUUUUUGCAACGGCGUGGUCCUGCACCGCCUACAAUGUGUCCGUGGGUUCGGGGAAUGGAUCGAUUCCAUUGUGGAGUUCUCUUCCAGCCUGCAGAAUAUGAACAUCGAUAUCUCUGCCUUCUCCUGCAUCGCUGCCCUAGCCAUGGUGACAGAGAGGCAUGGCCUGAAGGAGCCCAAGCGGGUGGAAGAACUACAGAACAAGAUUGUCAAUUGCCUCAAGGACCAUGUGACUUUCAACAACGGUGGCCUGAACAGGCCAAAUUACUUGUCCAAACUCCUGGGCAAGCUCCCUGAACUGCGGACCCUCUGCACGCAAGGCCUGCAGCGUAUUUUCUACCUGAAACUGGAAGAUUUGGUGCCGCCACCAGCAAUAAUUGACAAACUUUUCUUGGACACUUUACCUUUUUAGAAACAAGGACAGAGAAAGGGAGAAAGAGAAAAAAAAAGUGUAAGGGGAUGGUGGGGGUGGGGAAACCUAGAAAGAAAGAAAGAAAGACAAUGCUGCUGUGUUCUCAGAGUUGAAGAACUUUCGAAGCCUCGAAGGUGGUGGUGGUGGGGGGAAUGCAAGCAAGCAAGCAAGGAGAUCGAAGCCCAGGAGAAAAGCAAGAGCCCCCUGUUUCCCUCUCCAUAAGGAAGGAGCAUCUCUGGCUGCUGCAUGCUCCCACCCCUCCAGACUGUGGCUUAGCUUGUCCUGCAGAACAGUGACUGAAAACUGGGGGCUGUGGCCAUGCUGAAUUCCGUUCCUUGGACCACACACAGAUUCCCAUGGUACCAGCUUUUUAUUCUUGCCAAAACAAACAAACAACCCCCCCCCCCCGAAAACUAAAGUCUCUUUCGCUCCCAUCCACUCCCUUUCCCCCAAAGCAAAAAAAAAACACGACACACAGGUUU